AUGACGGAUUCGAUUUCACCGAGGGGCAGCAUUGUUUCGCCGACCUGCGUUGUGCAACUCGAUUAUAUUGCCGACCCUGCCCCGCCACCCUCUGGACCCUGGACCCGCUUCGUCAUCCUCUCCGACACCCAUGCAGAAACCUUCCCUGUGCCCGAUGGCGACGUGUUGCUCCACUGUGGGGAUCUCACUCGCCGGGGCACUGCAGCCGAACUGCGGCGGACGAUGGAAUGGCUCUGCGAACUGCCUCAUCCUGUCAAGAUCGUGAUCGCGGGGAACCGCGAUUUUUCGUUGGAUCGAGAUUGGUAUGAUCGCUGUUGGAGGCAGGGAGGGAACCAUGACACCGUGUCUCCAUGGGAGCCUGCCGAGCCUCUCUUGGAAUUACUCUCAGGGCCGGAGGCUACUUGUUCAAACAUCAAAUACCUCCAAGAUGAAGUCCAUACAUUCAAAGUGCGCCCAGACGGCAGGGAGUGGUCUGUGUAUGGCUCUCCCUUGACGCCGAGUUACAAGGGCCGGUUACGAGCAUUCAGCUACGAAAAGGCGGAUGGGAUCGCAGCGGUCGCCAAAUUCCCUCAAGUCGACAUCCUCAUGACCCACGGCCCGCCACUCAACGUCCUCGAUCGCACCGCCAAAGGGGCCAUGGCUGGUUGUCCCAGCCUCGCAAACCGCGUCUCAGCUCUUCGCCCUCGGCUCCACGCGUUUGGGCACAUUCACGAGGCUCGCGGGGCCCAUAUCCAUAGCUGGGCCACGGGCGUCGCACCCCAAGCGCAGUCAGAUUCCGAAUCCAUCGCCGCGGAGGGACCUCAGACCAUCUUUGUCAAUGCAGCAAACUGGCCGGAAGGACCGAAGAAGGCCCGGGUGGGCAAGAACUACCAAGUAGGUGGACAAGGAGUACGACCUGUCAUCGUUGAUCUACUCGAAUGAACCUGACCUGCUUGCUGCGGUUGAACCUUCGUUAAGCCAUCACUACACUUUCAUCGUCUAGGAUCCGAUGAUGAGGCCGUUGAUGGUGAUUCGAAACUGCUGGAUGUCUGUUUGCCUCUGAACGACAAGGAUGCUGAUUGUCUCACCUCGUCUGAACUGUAAGCUUCCGUCAUCGCAGCUGUCUCCGUUUCAGUCCAACCAUAAUCUUUGAGAAGCCGUUCCUUCUUCUCUGAACCUCCUGUGAGGAACAACGCGAUCCGCAUCUGCAUCUGUGCUGUUUUCGACUCAAAUUCUCGCACUGAUUGGGGAAAGCGAGCGUUCAGCGAGGGAUAGUGUCUGAUAAUGGGCAGCAGUUCAGCCCGGCUGUCUUCGUAUGUGGAUUUGAUGUAGUUGAAUGUGGAUUCGAAUUCACGUUGCGAGGCUUCGCCGGAGGUGUGCACCAAAUCACGCCAUGCCUGGGGUCAAGGUCAUCCAAGGACGGAUGGAUGACCCGGAAAGCGUACCUUAUCAUCGAGUCCCGCUUCCAAUACUUUAUCGUACGCGAUGUAUCGGUCUACAGCAUCUUCAUUGUAAACCUGCGCGCGGACGGUAUAAAGCUGGUCCAAGUCUGCAUAGAACUGCUGAUCAAGUUCAUCCAGUCUAGCUUGUGUAGCAGCUUCCUCCGACAACUUUAAGAAGGCUUCCAUGUCACUGAACCUGGCAGACGAUAUUCGGACCGGUGGAUGCCCCAAAUCGGUGUCGACGAGCUUACGAAGGAACGGGACGUUGUCGGUGUGACAAGAUGUAUUGGCUCAGAUUUUUCAUUGUGGUCUCGUCAACUCCACUCUGAUUCCCUGAUAGAUGUGCGUGAUCGAUAACACCAGUGUUCAUGUUGUGAAUACUACGGAUUCAGAGUUGGAAGAGGUGGGACAGACGAACUGGUGCCAUCAUGAUUGGCUCUGUUUGGUACUGUUACUGACAUCCCUGAUAAUCGAGUGACCACGUUCAAGCUUUCAAGCUCGAGUUCGGACAGCCGGACUGAC